AUGCCAGGGGAUCAGUUACAAGUGUUGAAUGCACUUGAUGUAGCCAAGACGCAAUGGUACCAUUUCACGGCAAUUGUAAUAGCCGGAAUGGGAUUCUUCACAGACGCUUACGAUCUCUUCUGUAUCUCUCUCGUUACAAAGCUCCUCGGUCGCAUUUACUACCACAUUCCAGGUUCCAAGGAGCCUGGGACUCUCCCUCCGAAUGUAGCAGCCGCCGUCAACGGCGUUGCCUUCUGUGGAACCCUCACCGGUCAGCUCUUUUUCGGGUGGCUUGGUGAUAAGCUUGGGAGGAAGAAAGUUUACGGUAUGACGUUGAUGGUCAUGGUCAUUUGCUCCGUAGCCUCUGGUCUAUCUUUCGGACACAAGCCAAAAUCCGUGUUGGCCACGCUAUGUUUCUUUAGGUUUUGGCUUGGAGUUGGGAUUGGUGGUGACUAUCCUUUGUCCGCAACGAUCAUGUCUGAAUACGCUAACAAGAAGACUCGCGGUGCAUUUAUCGCUGCGGUUUUUGCUAUGCAAGGAUUUGGGAUUAUGGCUGGUGGCAUUUUCGCUAUAAUUAUUUCAGCCGUUUUCGAAGCAAAGUUCCCUGCUCCCACCUAUGCGGAAGAUGCCUUGGGAUCCACGGUACCACAAGCAGAUUUUGUAUGGCGUAUAAUCGUAAUGUUUGGUGCUCUCCCUGCGGCAAUGACGUAUUACUCUAGGUCAAAGAUGCCCGAAACAGCAAGAUACACAGCUUUGGUUGCUAAAGACGCAAAGCGAGCAGCUUCAGAUAUGGCUAGGGUUCUGCAAGUGGAGAUAGAGUCGGAGCAGCAGAUAGUGGAAGAGAUAACAAAUGGUAAGUCCAAAGACUUCUCCUUGUUCUCCAAGGAAUUUAUGAAACGCCAUGGACUUCAUUUGCUCGGGACUAUGUCUACAUGGUUCCUUCUAGACAUCGCUUUCUACAGUCAAAACCUUUUCCAGAAAGAUAUUUUCAGUGCCAUUGGGUGGAUACCUCCGGCUAAAACCAUGAAUGCGAUUCAAGAAGUUUUCAAGAUCGCACGAGCGCAAACACUCAUUGCCUUGUGUAGCACGGUUCCUGGUUACUGGUUCACAGUUGCUUUCAUCGAUGUUAUUGGAAGAUUCGCUAUUCAGCUCAUGGGAUUUUCUUUCAUGACGGUGUUCAUGUUUGCUCUAGCUAUUCCUUACAACCACUGGACUCGCAAGGAGAACCGAAUCGGAUUUGUUGUCAUGUACUCGUUAACAUUCUUUUUUGCCAACUUUGGACCUAAUGUAACAACCUUUGUUGUACCGGCUGAAAUCUUCCCAGCUCGGUUUAGAUCCACCUGCCAUGGUAUCUCUGCAGCAUCAGGAAAACUGGGUGCAAUCGUUGGUGCUUUCGGGUUCUUGUACUUGGCUCAAAGUCCAGACAAGAACAAGACAAGUGCAGGAUACCCUCCAGGGAUUGGGGUUAGGAACUCGCUUAUCAUGUUAGGUGUGGUUAACUUUUUGGGUGUUCUAUUUACUUUCUUGGUGCCUGAAGCUAAAGGAAAGUCGCUUGAAGACAUAUCCGGUGAGAAUGGAGAGAACGAGAACACCAACAACGGGAACCGAACAGUCCCAAUUGUUUAG